AUGGGCGAUGAUUCUUUGAUAUUACGAGAAGAUGGUUAUAUACGUAUGAACUUUCCUGUUACUUCACUAUCGUAUCACAGUAAUUUAAAUAUAAUUUUAGUGAAGACUGACGUAGGUAGUGUGCACGUUUUGGAUGUUAAUUCUGGUGUGAUUCUUCAAUCCUCUUGUCUAUCAGCGGAUGAUGGGGGUACGUUGGGCGUGGAGUAUGCGUCAGGAGCUGACCGUGUAUUCGUAUGGGACAGCAGUGGAGUAGGCGCUCGGACCGAUUAUAACGGGGUCCUAUUACUUCACACAGCCCUGCAGCGGCCCGUUUGUCCAUCAAAGUCAGACAGUAAUGUCAGGCUUGAGCUGGUUUUGUCAGAGGCUGUUCUACUCUAUCAGUGUGUUCAAAGCCUUGACCCUCACUCUAUAGAAGGAUUGGGGGAUUUCAUUAAUGAAUUGAAGAAUUCUAUCGAUGCUGAACCAGUAAGGAAGGGUGUUAAAGCACAAAAAUGGAGUACUGUGACAAUACUGCUUCAACAGUCAACACUAAGGCUUGUUAUGUCGGGUGUAGUACAAGAACUAAAGGGUCAGAACAGACGAAUACCAGCUUUAGCCAUUGCUUCGGCAGUGGGACAGCGUGCUAACGAGUUGAUGCCAUGCACAAGGGAUGAGGAGUCUAGGGCACUCAUGUACUCAGAGGCUGAAAGGAAAGAAACUUUCAAGCGGUGGCCACAUAUGGAUUAUAAAUGGGCGUUACCUGCUCGAAUGGCACAAGCUGGGUUCUACCACCAGCCCUCUCCGAGUGGUGAUGAUCGUGCAAUGUGUUUCACUUGCAUGGUGUGUCUCGUCUGCUGGGAGAAGUCUGAUGAACCUUGGGUGGAGCACGAACGACAUUCACCCAACUGUCCCUUUGUAAGGGGCGAGUACACACACAAUGUGCCUAUAUCAGUUACCAAUGCGACAGCCUGCGCCAUGCCAUAUCCAAACGUACGUAUUGUAUCAAAAGGCAACACAGGGGAUCUUAUAGCGUCUGGUACUAUAGAGGGCAAAAUUAACAUCUGGAAAUUUGAUUGUGGCCUUAAACUUGUAAAGUUCAUUCAUCUUUCGCCAUAUGACUCAAUUUUUAGUGGAAUUUUGACAACAGACUGCAAUAAGGUCUGGUCAGCUAGUUUAGAAAAGGAUACCUCUACUUACAAUAUUGAACUGUCAGCCAUGGCUUUUGUGGGCAUGACAUCACAACAGGAACCAUCAUAUCCACAUGCACAAAAUGCUGAAAACAUAGAGAAAGAAACAAUAAGUAAUAAAGCGAAGCCUUCGCUCAUCUGUGCUGUUAUCGUUACGAGAACUAACACAACACCUAGAAAUCAACCAAUCAAGGAGGACUCCAGUAAGGCGCUCUUUGAUUCUGGCGCACCGGAUAGGUCGAAAGAGAGCAUACAGGCGAUGAAUGACGAAAACGAAGCGAAGAGUAAUCUCUCCCCUAAAAACAAAAUGUUAUUCCUACUAACUUAUGACAUUCACAGUUCUUCAGCCGGUUCAAUCACGACCGUCGUUCACACAUCAAACAGCAACGGGAACUCUAAACCGGGGGGCAGUAAGAAAGUGUGUGCAGUGCAAAGAACGGACGAUGGUAAUAUAUACGAUACUAUGUAUUUACAUUAUUCAGACGACGACACGGAACUUCCACAGUGCACCAACAGUUUAUUGGACGAACAAAUAAGCAACGUAAUAAAUUUGAACGCAUCUUCCAGUAAAGAGGAGUGUAAAAUAUGGGAGCCGAAAAAGAUUACAUUCAGCAAACCUCCGCCGCCUCCCGCGGCUUUGUUGUCUGAACUACCUGAGUCGGGUCAAGGUAUGUUGGACUUUGUGGGGAAGAUAUCACAGUUGAAGAGUUGGAAGAGCGGGAACCUCGAGUCAGUGGGAACGAAGCUGGUGGACCAAACGGACGCGGUGCACGGUGACCCCAUCACGCAAUACCUCAACAUGACCGGCAAUGGGCCGCUGGAAAUAUCAGACUUGAAGUGGUACGAAGGUGGCGAAGGCGCGGAGAAGAUUAAAGUGGCGGCGUACAUCAGCGGCGGCAAAGGAGGCACACACACGAUAAUCACCAACAGUAAUACAGACGGGUUCGAAAGUGAACCGCCCCAAGACGAGGCGGUGACGCAGGGGAUAGCCGUUCAGUGCUUAAGUCUUCCACCGAAAUUAAACGCGAAAGGCGACGCCACCGUCACACACUUAUUCCCAACGGAAGACAAGGAACAUUUGCUUGUAGUUGUGUCCAGUAUUGACCCCGAGAAGUUUAAGAAGGAAGAGGAAACGGACGGCGAGAACGAUGUUAAGAUGGAAAUCGACGAACUUACUGACCAACAUGAUAAGACUGAAAAAUCAGACUUAAAAGCUUACUUUUUACUUUAUAAAAUAAACAGUAAAUCUUCUAUUUUCACAUUAGACGAUAAUCCGGUUUCUGUUAAAGAACUGCCAUAUAACGAGAGCCCGGUAGACUUAUGUCUGCUGCCAGCUGACAAACACGACCAGUAUUCAAUAGCGGUGGUGGGGGCGGACGGUGAUUUACGACUUUAUGCUUUGCCGGAUUUUAAACUGCUUUCAGAGAAACGUGUGCCUAAAGGUCAAUUCACAUCAGUGGUGUACUGCGCUUCUGUCGAGCGCCUCAGUGUUUCCACCAAACAUGGCAUGAUCUACUUUUAUGCUCUAAAUAACGGAGAGAAAGACUCGAGUAGUGACGGCAAUGAAGAUGAAUUUGCAAAUUUGGACUUCGACAUGUUGCAAAAAGCUCCCAAGGACGAGGUUGGUGGCCCAACGACUCCGCCGGUCAUACUAGCCAACAAACCUGAGUUAGAAUUGAACGACUUGGAAGUUCUUAUGUCGCUUACAGGAUUUUAUGGUAUGAAUACCACGGUACCAUACAGUGCGGUGGUUCCAGGAUUUUGGUGCGAACUUUUGCCCGCCCAAAGAUCGAGAUCUGAUCACCAAAAUAAUAGAUCUUGGCGGUUACAGAACACCUCGUCGACGUGGGACGAGCACGUUUUAGAAUUGACGUUACCAUACAGUGUUUCUUUAGCUCAUAUCGAAUUCGGUUUCACCUUACACACUGCCAGCUCCGUCGGAAAACUUCCUAUCAUACAGGUGACUCUACUGAAACAGAACUUACACGGUAUAGGAUAUAAAAAAGACGCUUCCUUUGGCCACAGAGCUGAAUCCCCAGUUCAUUUCACAGCCGCCGAUUCGGAGACAUCUAACUAUGUGAAUCCCGUGCACAGUGAAGAGUACUUACAGGCACAUAACGCUGAGAUUUUAGCGGGACCAUUGUUUCUAUCAUCCGGUUUAGACUCCACUCAACAAUCCGGCACAUUAAUACUUACGAGUCCCCGACUCUAUAGAGCUAGAGGGAGAACUUUCCUGAUUCAUAUUAAGACGUUAUUCGAUCCGGCUAAAGAUAUUGCUAAAGGCUCGAUAAAAACUGAGAGUACCUCAAAGAAAUCUAAUUUCAUCGGUUGCGACUGGUUGCAUCAAAUUUCGUUAACCGUUAGAUCCUGUCCCCACACGGAGGUUCCUAUGGAAAGACAGCAGCGAAUAGCCAUGCUAGAGUCGAAUAACUUCUUGAACACGCUCUGCGAAAUAGCUGUGAGCAAAGGGGACUUGGAGAAACGAAAACUGGCGCUGGACCUCAUCAACUGGGUGGUGUCCAUACGCCUACAACGAAUGAGAUUAGCGAAGUCGGAUAAAGGAAAGGAAAAAGAUUCCCAGAACCCUGUGGAGACACAGCAACUGGAAUGCAUCGCUGUCAUCGAGAAACAUACGGACGCUUUGAUCAAAACUUGCAUACUCUGCGCUAACAGAAGUGUCGCUAAGAAAUGUGUCAAAAUUAUGCUGAUCACAAGAGAAGGUGUGAUGGAACUACCGAAGCCGUUUAAGUCGUCGUUCGAGCAGACGUUGACGAGCAGUGUGAUCGCUUGCAUCCCGCUGGUGGGCGCGUGUGAGAGUGCCGGGGCUCUGAAGUGGCUCACGGCACUGGCUCAACACUGCAGCAAAAGAUCUGCGGCACCGGCACUGGUCGCUAAGGGCCUGGCGCUGCUGGAGCAAGCCGCCACCUGCUUACGAGAGAGGGCGGACCUAUAUCAACAGCUGCUCAGGGCCAGAUUCGGACUGUACGGCCUGCCAUUAGAGCGAACCCGUUUCGGCGCUGAAAUACCUGAGCUGUGUCGUGGUAGUUCUUCCGUGGCGACGUACGCGAGUGUGUUGGCCGGAGACACGCCGGCCGCGCCCGCGCCGCCCCAGCACUGCCAGCUGAAAGAUCUACUCAACAUGCCGAUAGACGCGGAGGGUAAGACAGCAACUAACACAGCGUGGUGGGGCACCGGCGGCAUGGAGGCUGUGGGGGCGGGGCUUGGGGAGGCGUGUCCUCUGCACGUGACGUGUCACCUCGCCUCGGACGGCACCAAGCUGGAGACAGCCACAUCCACGCACCCGCCCGCAGUAGUCAGCGCGCACUCCGCCGACCCACACCAAUUGUGGACAAUGGUCAAGGAUGGCCAUAUAAAGCAAACGUCCCAGGACCCCGACUCGUUGGAAGACGUGGACAGUCCCUUCAUGGAAUGUGACUUCCAGGACCAAUCAGAAUUGACGGAUGACAAGUUCUUUAAAGAGGAGGAGCAGUGGUCCAUGUGCGGCGUGGCGUGGGCGUCGCUGGUGGCGCGGCCGCCGCAGCACACGCUCGUGGUUGAGAGGAUGCACUCGGGCGCGAGGCGGUACAUCGUGCUGGACUUCGGACACCUCGUCAGACUAACAGACGUGAUAAUACCGUCAUGUUCGGACCUGGUGACGCUUUGCAUAGACAUCUGGACGGCCGGUGAGGAAACGGACUGUGUGAAGCUGGCCUUCGCCUCCGACAUAGCUACCAAGUACCUCGUGCUCACAGAUAUACAGCCGCCGCCGCUGUGUCGGUACAUGAAGAUAACAACAAUCGGCCGCUACGGUAUGUCCGCGAUGAAGUGCAAGAUACCUCUCGGGUGGUUCUAUGGAGAGAUUGUAGAUAUAACUAACGUGCAAGCCUCCGUUAACGCUCUCAAGGCCUUAUACGAAGACCUGUCUUGCAGAUUCCGGUUAGCGACGGGCAAACUGAUCGACCUUCUGAACCCAUACCUGGAUCUCUACAAUGGAAACGCAGCUCAUAUGAUGGCGUAUCUGAACCAAACCGACGAAUCCGACCCGAAAGUGCUCGUCGCAUACCAGGAGUGUAUAGAACUACAACAACAGUUACACAACUGCACCAACUUACUGAAGAGGUUGCAGAACAUACCCGACUGUAACGAUAAAGUACUGGAGGCUAUUGACAAAGGACUGGUGACGUCGGAGUCACUCCUGGAGCGAGCCUCCACAGACAAACUACGAGUUAUAACAGAGAACAUUAUAGAUCUACUGCUGUAUUUCUACUUCCAGAAGGGUGAUGUGCAGUAUGGAUGCGUCAGCGCCAAGUGGUGCCGCAACGUGUUGCCGCUCACGUGGGAGUGGGGGGGACGCGCGGGCGCCGGCGCGGGCGCCCUACUGGCGCGGGCGUGCGGCUCGCAGCCCUGGUGGGGCGCCGCGCUGCCUGACGCGCUCACGCAGGCCUUCGAACACAGAGACGCGCCGCCACACCCGCUGGACAGAUGUUUAGUGGGAGUUAUAUACAUGGCUAGAAAAAGCAUGUAUGCUCACGGUUCCGGCUCGGGCGGUGUGACGCAGGCGUUGUGUGCCCGCACUCUGGAACUACUACAGGGCCGGCCCCAGCCAGCGCUGCUGGCUGCCAUGCUGACUACCUUAGCGGCUGUGUUAGACGCCGCACUGACCGCCACAGCGCCCACGCCUGCCCACCAAGCCCGCUGGGACUGGGUGACGGGCGGGCGGGCGGCCAGGCUGCCCGAAGGCGGAGCACCAUCCCCUCGCGCCCCCGACAAGCUUCAUAGACGGAAACUACAUAAAAAACUAGUGCAUCAGAUGCAAGAGCUGUACGCGGCGAGACAGGGCAUACAGGUGGCGCUCGAGGAGCAACAGCGUGCACGUCUGAGCCUCAAAGCUCGUAUGGCUAUGAUGUGUAAGUUGACUGGCUCCAGCGGCACGUCAGGCGCCGCCCCCGGCUCCGUCAUCGAAGGAGCGAGGCUGGUGUCUCCGUCCCUGGGAGCGUCGCUGGCACACGCACUCGUCACACACAUGUUAGCCAUGGACUCCACCCUACUGGCCGAUCAUCUGCUGCUCUGUGCCAAGGUGGUAGGUCGCCUGUGCGCUCUGUGUGGGGGCGCGGCGUUGUUGGAGCCCGCCAGUGUGUUGGGCCUGGCGAGGCUCGCGGUGGCCCUGCCUCCGUGGCCGAGACACGCGGUCACUACCUUGCUGCAGGAUCUUGUGGAACACGAGUGUGGGGAGUUACCAGCGACGCCCAGUGAUGAAUGGGGAGGUUCGGGCAAAUUGCAUUUUAUCCGCGUCAAUCAGAACUUCAGUUCUUCAUGUAAAGUUCCCCCUAAGCGACCAAAUAUAUCAGGAGCAUCUUCAGGUUUAUUAGACUUCAUGGAUUGUCAACUGGUGCAAAUAUCGUCACAAAACUCAGAAUCCGACGACUCGGAAUCCGAAGAGAAAUUAGAACAAUACUUCUUUGAGGCCGUGAAGAAGGAGUCCAGGACCAAACCCGUUACAGACGGGAGCAACUGCCUGUCAACUUGUGUGGACGCGCGAUUGGAGAGCGGGGCGGCAGGCGGCGGGGAAAGUUUCGCACGGCGGGUGCUCGCCGCAACAGCUGCAGCGUUACCGCUGGCUCUCAGGGCGCCGUCCGCCAGGCCGCCGCCCGAGCCUCCCUCCGCGCCUGCCUCUCCGGCAGAAAACGAAGACAACGACCCCACGUCACCAGCCUCGCCGCCCAUACAACCCACCCCGCCUCAGACAGACGACGCCAGGCAACCACCACUAGCGCUCACCUUGUACGACGUGUUCAGACAUCUGGCUCUGGAAUUUGAUCAACAAGUGGACUGUUCAUUCAUGGAGAACGUGGUGUCUCUGUGGUUGACUCUGAACGGGUCCGGCCCGGCAGCCCUAGGAGCCUUAGCUGCUCCCGACGUGCCGCGGAUCAGGUUGUCCGUGGACACCAUCACGGCGCUCUUACGCGCUCUGGUGAAAUUGGACAAUAUAUCAUUAAGAUGUUGGGUGUUAUCGAUGCAGGCGUUGGCUUGGGUGUCCAGUUUACCGCUGCAGACGGAAGGCAGUUCUUACACCAUGGGUCGUGUGAUUCUGGAGUGCGAGUACUUCGUGCCGGCGCUAGUCAAAUUCAUUUCCAUGGACGUAACGGCAGAUGGGGCUGUAGUGUCAUCGGAACCUUACCUCGGCGGUGCCAGUAUAGGCGCUGGUGUAGGAGCUGCGACCGCCCUGCAAUCAGUAUUGUCUCGCGUGGUGAAGGCGCGUGGCAGCGCGGGUGCUCUAGUAGCGUUGAAAGUGGUCGCGAUGCUGUGGCACAGCCCGAACGCCACUAGUGGCCCCUCGCCGCCCGUCGCACAUUCAGCGCUCGAUUUACACACGACGUUGCUUCGUGCGGCGCACUCGCUCCUGCCCGCGCUCGCUCCACACCACGUACAUCACGCUCUGCCGCUCAUAGAAGCCGUCGCUGAUCAAUGCGGAUGGUGGGUCCGUGAGAGUAGCGGCUGGCGGGCGGAGAGCGGCGGUGGUGGUGGAGGUGGUGGGGAGGCGCGGCUGUCGGGACUACUGGCCGACGUGCUGGCGGGCUCCACGCGACGCGCUCCUCUACGGCGGGCUCUGCUGCUGAAUCUACUACAUUAUGCGCGCAAACUACUAGCGCUACCUCUACCCGGCGCGAAUACCGCUAGCGAAGCCGCUUCACCCGGAACCAGUGACCUCGCGCACUCGUCGCCGAGUCCAGGAGGAUCAGCUGAAGAAUGUCAAACGGACGAGAGGAAAGCACAGAACAACGCACAAGCGGAAGGAACGAACGUGGAGGAUGAGAGGAAGCAGCAGGUUCCGAAGACACCCUGCCUCGCUGACACUGUUUUGCAACAUCCAGAAAUAAUGCACAAGUUUUACAAAACAUUGUCACUGUGCGACGGAAUGAAUACGCAAGUUUUGAACUCAGGAGGGAGUGAGGGCGGAACGGAGUCGUGGUCUCUCCGUGAGGAAGUGUUCUGGCUGGUCGCUCAGAUACCCGCAUUAGCAGCUGACCCCGCCCUCCUCUUACCGUCUCUCAUGGAGUACUUACAAAAAGAAGAAGUAGUGAAGCUGUCCCAGGGGAUGCAGCAGGUGAUGGUGCGAGCCCUGGAGCGGCCCGAGCUGUGCGCGGCCUUUGUACGGGCCGGCGGGCUCGAGCUAGCUCUGGAUAAACUACAAGCCUGUCAUAAGGCGGGCCCCAGUAGUAAUCAGGGUCUGGUGUCGUCGCUGAUGAACCAUUUGAAGCUCCCGCCUCAACUCAUCAACCUGUCCACGGCCGCCUCGUCCAACAACAAGAAAACACAACCGCCGGUCAUAGAAACGGCGAACGGACUCAUUAAUAUCGCACCGCUGUGCACCGUUUCCUGCGGUAACCCGACUGCGCAGGCGGCGGACGUGUUACUCGGUGGUGGGGGGAGCUCGGGCUCGGGGGCAUGUGCCGCCCGCCGCGUGCGAGCAGCCGCCUGGUCCUACCACUUCUUCAGCGUGGACGACGCGUCCCUCGCACUCACACUUAACCUGCCCUACGCCGCCACGCUGCACGAAGUACACCUACAGCCGCACCUCACCAGCCUCGCGACCUGCCCCGGCGCGGUCGCAGUAGAGGCCGGUUGCAACGGCACCGUGGAGCCGCUAGGCCCGCCUCAGAACACGGCCGGGAUGACGUUCAUCCGCCUGGCGCUGGCGAGACCUCUGGUGGUGAACACGGUCACUCUGAGACUGUACAAGCCGCGGGACAGCACCAACAUGGGCCUGCUACAGCUGAGGCUACUGGCCGCGCCCGCCUUCACAACACAGAGCGACGCGCACACGCUUAACAAUCACGAGAAUCGCUGGACGCGCGUGGUGUACGCUUGUACUAGAGGUCGCUUGGAGCGUUGGCGCUGGAGUCUGUUCGGGUCGGCGGGAGCGCUGAGUGCGCUGUGUGCGUGUGUGGCGGCGGGCGGUGCGCAGGCGCAACACGCACACGGCGCGCUGCUCGCCGCGGCUAGAGCCGAGCCCGCCCUGCGAGCGCCCAUGCUGACCGCGCUGUUAGAUAUGGACGCAACAGCCCACGCUCAUUCCUUCCAGCCGUCGUCAGUGGGGGGAGCGGGUAGUGUGUGUGCGCUGGCGCAGGCCUUGUGUCGUUGGUGCGGCGCGGGCUGUGCCGGGGCGUAUGUGAAGUGGUUCGCGACGUCCGCCGAGAGAGCCCUACGACAACGACAUCCACCCUCCGCAGCCCUAGUACACACCUUGGCUACGGUGUUAUGGACUCUGAAAGAAGAAAGACUAUUAGAUAAUCUAGAAGAACUUAUAACUGACGAGCUAUUUGAACUCAUAUACGCGUGGAUUAUUGUAGCCGAGACUAAUCUUCUGAAGAAGUCGUUGGAUUCUGUCCUGUGCUCCAUGUGUUACAUACGACCCGAACUGUUCCGGAUGCUGUUAAAACAGAUGGGAAUACAAAUGGAUUCAUCAGAGAGUAUGGAAGGUCUGACCGAUGACACUAAGGUCGGUCGCCCUUCUGCGUCAGCGGGUAGCGCAGACUCCCGACCUGUGUCAGUGCCGCGUCUCCUCGGCUGGCAGCUGCGGACCCUGGCCGCGGCCGCCAUGUCGCCAGCAGCAACACUCGCCUUGCUGCACUGUCCACUGCCCGCGGCACUCGUACGAUCGAUAGCUGAAUACAGUGAAGUGAAACUAGCUGCUUUAAUGACUCAGACUGGAUCCCAGAAGGAUGAGUGUAUGACGGACACUAACAGCGAGAAAUACGAGAGAUUGAUGGAUGUGUCUACAAUGCGGUCGGUGUGUGACGCGGUGGAGUGGGCGCGGUUGGUGUGUUCGGAGAGACGCCUCAAGGACUGGCUCGGCUCCACAGGAAACGGGUUCUGGAAACCGCUACUGAAGCUUCUAUGCUACCCCCGACCUAAUGACGUUACAUGGCAGGAGAGUGCUGCGUUUGCUGCCUUGGAAGAGCACACCAUCCGCCUGUUCGCAGAGCUGACCGUCUGUCACACGGCUAACCAGAAACUAUUCGCCUCUACCUUACUCUCGAUACUAGAGGAGAUGCCUUACACCGGUCCAGAAGGUCUGUCUGGGUUCACUCGUUCCCUCAUCCUGAGGCUGGUGUUGUCUGGAGAGCGUGUAAGCGUCUGUUUACGUUGGGCGGGCGCGGGCGCGGGGGCGGGCGGGACGGGGUGGUGCGCCCCCAGCCACCCCGCCGCAGCGGUACACGCCACGCUACACGUACCACUCACCACCACCGUACGAACUCUACUGGCUGAACACAUACCACCAGUCCCCCUGCUCGAAGAAGCGUCCCGUCUAAGUACAAGCACCAGUUCAGCGGCGACCAGCAACCCCGGCUCAGUACUGCGGAGCGCCUCCGACACCGCCAUCAUGACCGCCGCGGAGCCCUGGGAGCUGUCCCUGGCCGCAGCCAGCGCCUCCAAGGACAAGCGGGUCAAGGACGUGAAGAACACCACGCUCAAACAACAAGGGAACAAGAAGAGGCACGCCAAGAACAACGAGGCCGCUGUACUAUCAGACACUGACGAUAUAAUCGAGUCGGCGCUCCGUGUCCAAGUGGACGGCCUGGAGGGCUGCAUCCCGCCCGGCACCAGCCUCGGCCAGCUGGUGGCCGCCGCACCCCGCGCCGCGCACGACCACCUCACGCUCAACUUACACCUCGUCACCUCGGACGACACGUGGUCGGGCCCGAUGUGGGAGGGCGGCGGUCACCAGGUGUCUUCGGGCAGCGUAGUCCUGCGCUCGUUCGGUGCGUGCGGUGGACUGGCGCUCGUGGCCGCUCGUCUGCCUCGACCUCACGCCGCGCCCGCACCGCCCCCCGCGCCCACACACCAUACAGAUAUGGAUUGGGUCAAGCUAGAGGACUUCUAUGAAGUGAGUUUUUAUGUUACAGUGGUGGAAGCCGGUGUGACGUCAGCCGGCAACGUGAUAGGAAUCGGCGGCAACAUGGGCAGCAACAGCAGCGCCGCGACCGAGGAGUCGAGCGGGUGUGCGGGCGUGCCGGCACACGCGCUCGUGGCCCUGGCGCUGCUGCUCAAGCUGCCGGGGUACGCCGCCGCGCUGCUGGACGAGGGCGCGCGGGCCGUGCACCUGCUGCGGCUGCUGCUGGGCGUGGCGCACGACGAGGAAGGACGUAACAUAGUGGUGAGCGGCGCCGGUGGUAGCGGGUCGCUGGGCACCCUGCCGUUCCGUGUGGUGGCCCAGCUCUUAGAAAACGCUCCCCGCGCGUCCCCGGCGGGCCGAGCGCUCCGCCUGGCUCUACUCAAGCUCGGCGCCGUCCGCCUCGUGCUGGCCUGCCUCGCCGUAUUCACACACCACAGACCGCAGGCGGCGCAGCAAAACAGCCAAGGUUCGAACGGUUCCGGCGGUGGUACCGGCAAGGAAGAGAAGUCUCAGCUGUACUGGGCAAAGGGCACGGGCUUCGGCACGGGCUCCACGCAGCAGUCAUGGAACGUGGAGCAGGCGCUGGUGAGGCAGAGGGUCGAGGAGGAACACGUCACACAACUGCUGCAGGUAUUAGUGUCAUAUAUGAACCCGGGAGAGAAGUGGCCGCCGGAAGAAGGUUCUCCCGAGGAGGGGGAGGGGGAGGAAGAGGAGGGAGCGGCCAAGGAACUACCGCCGGAGUUCAUAGACCUAGUGGCGGGAAGUUCACUAGUACCCGCCAUAUGUUCAUAUCUUAGAAACGAUUCUGUUCUGGACAUGUCCCGCCACAUCCCGCUGUACGUGUGCGUGCUGCGUGCUGUCCGCGCGCUGCGUGCUCUACGCUGCCGCCGCCUGUCGCCCGCGCUGCGCACGCUGCCACGCCUACUGGCCAGCAUGAGCCGCACAACCAACUCAUACGCCACCAAGCUCAGAAUGAGCAAGAAGAACAUAUUCGGUAAAAUGACGUACAGCCAAAGAUUUAACACGACGACCAAUUCUGAGCUGUCCGAGGAAGACGAGGGUCUGGCGCUGCUCAUCGCUGAUAUACAGGCGACGUCGGCAUUGAUGUAUCGAUCUGAAGCGGAGUCAGAGGGCGCUGGAGUAGCGAGACCUCUGAGGGGCGUGUCCCGGGAACAGAGGUACAUACACCUCAUGAGGACCAUGCAGUUCGAGCCGUUCGAGAUGAUGUGCGAGUGUCCGGAGGGCGGGUUCCGGUUCACGGUGCCGUAUCACUUCGAGAGCACGGUGCGGGCGGCGGGCGAGCGAGCGCACCCCGCGAGGAUGAAGAGGCUGGCUCAAGAGGCAGCUACCCUCGCCACCAGCCUACCGCUUUCAUACUCCUCCAGUGUGUUCGUGAGGACAGACGCCGACCGUCUCGACGUUAUGAAGGUGCUCAUAACGGGUCCGUCGGACACGCCGUACGCCAACGGCUGCUUCAUCCUGGACGUGUACUUCCCGGCGGAGUACCCCGCCGUGCCCAUGCUCAUCAACCUGGAGACCACGGGCCGCCACUCGGUGCGGUUCAACCCCAACUUGUACAACGACGGGAAGGUCUGCCUCUCCGUCCUCAACACGUGGCACGGCCGCCCCGAGGAGAAGUGGAACGCGCACACUUCCAGCUUCCUACAGGUGCUGGUGUCCAUCCAGUCGCUGAUCCUGGUGCCGGAGCCGUACUUCAAUGAGCCGGGCUACGAGCGGAGUCGCGGCACACGAGUAGGCAACAGCGCCAGCCUCGAGUACAAUUCAAACAUAUACCAGGCGUGCGUGCGCUGGGCCAUGCUGGACCAGCUGCGGGCGCCCGAGCCCUGCUUCAAGGAGGUGAUACAGACACACUUCUGGAUGAAGCGGAACGAGAUCAUGCAGACGGUGGCAAACUGGAUCACGGAGCUGGAGGGACAGACGGGGGACGAGCGGACGCAGAGGAGCAUACAGCUCAACCUGAUGGCGCUUAAGCGGCACUACGUCAAGUUACAAGAGGAGCUGGCCAAGCUGCCCGUACCGGCGGGGCUAGAGGAGUUCGAUGAGCCGUUCCAGCUGCCCGCGGCGCCCUCCCCGCCCCCCGCCGGGACCCCGCCCGCGGCACCUCCCCCUCCGCCCGCCCCCGACACACCCUCGUAUGACAUAGACCACGACAUGGAGAAGAUCGUGUCUCAAGUACUGGACUGA